AUGAGUGAUGAAUUGGAAGCUGAUAAAACACAAACCGAAUCUAAUGUAGUUCACGCGCCGCGUCCGUCUUCCCCGAGGAAGUUCUUUUGCUCGACUUUUGAGAGUGAGUCGUCUUCGGAUGUGGAGGUAGAGCAGGAGAUCGAGGAACGAGAGAACAGGUCUAACCCUUUGUUGCCGCCGGGCAUUCCAUUAUGGCAUCCACCUCCUAUGCCGUUAUGUCCAAGGCCGAUGCUGCUGCCACAUCAGCAGUUGGCUUUCGGUGCUGGAUUAGCAGCAUUCUGUAAGGGAUUCUUUAAACCAGAAUGCAAACAUUACUUCCUUCACAAUGUAGCUGAUGAAUCAAAACACGUAAUUUAUAAAUUAAUUAUACACUUCGCUAAAUUUCUUACCUACCUAAAACAGUACGUAGCUUUAAAAACAACAUGGCCGGUUUGUAAGCCAGUGGCCCGAAGAAGACGCAAAGAGAGCCGGCCUCGUCGACAGAGGACAACGUUUUCUGCACAUCAAACUCUACGGCUCGAGCUCGAAUAUGCUAGAGGCGAAUACGUGGCUAGAACAAGAAGAUGUGAACUUGCUUCAGCAUUAUCUCUUAGCGAGACGCAAGUAAAAAUAUGGUUUCAAAAUAGGAGAGCAAAAGACAAAAGAAUAGAAAAAGCACAUCUUGAUCAACAAUACAGGCACUUAGCAGCAGCAUCAGGCUUGUUCCCGACCGUUAUAGGAAAUCCAUACUGCCCGCCGGCCGCAUGUCCUUGCUUACCACCGCAGCAUCCAACUAGUCUUGAUAAAUAGACAAGGAGAACCUCAGCUCAGUACCACAAAUUAUAAAACCAUCAAAUUGACUCGUAAUUCGGUGUACUUUAAUUUGGAUGUUUGUGAUUGAUCGAGACACCAAUGCGUCAGUCACGUGUUAGUCUCUUAACCAAUGUCAACAAAACGACACGGACUCCUCUCGUCUUUGCUACAUUCUAAGCAAACAGGGGUUUUAUUAUUUAUGACAGUGUAAACUGCUAACAUAGCCUUGCUACGUUAUCUUCAUGAAAUCAGCGUGGAAUGAUAUUCUGUAUGACAGUUAUUGUCUUAAACGCGACGCGGUGCGUUGCUUGCUUGUUACGCACUGUCAAAAUAACGUAGCAAAAUAAGGCCCCUGGUUAGUGUAAAUUUUACAACUUGUGACUAUUUACUUCGUACCUACCGAACCCUACACGUAAAACAUUUGUCCAGAGGAGCAACGAGGCGCUAUUAAGCAAGGCAGAACUUGCACAGAACAAUGUAGAUAACAUGACAAUGUACCACUUGGACGCCAAGGCAACAUCUCGUGUGAUUAUAUUGAGAUAAAAUAUUUUAACAUUUCUACGAUAGGCUAUGCUGCAUCGACCACGUCUUAGUAUCUAGCUCUAUUUGUAUGGAAAAAGUGCCACUAGUCAACACUUAAUAACUAGAAUGAUAUAACAAAAUUCAGUUAAAAAUUAUUAAAUUGCCAAAAUCGAUUGUGUUUUAGUAAUAUAAUUUAAGAAGGUACAAUAAUGAUAUUUAAUGUCUUUUAUGCUCAUAAUUCACCGCAUUGUUGAGUAAAAGUCGAACCAAUAAUUUUAGAAAUUGUUUAAAUAUUAACACGAAGAAGUACUCAUCUUAUAGUCAGAUGUUUGUUAACUACGUCCGUUGUCAAUCAUAAUAAUUAUUUAAGGCCCGCAUUAAUAAAAGAAUCACCUGUGAAUAAAAUUUAGUGUAUAAAAUAUAUUGUAUUAUUUAAUAGAGUAAUCUUUAGCUGAAUUAAAUAUCUUGUUUUUAGCUGAGUCGGCGUUGUUGCGUAAAAAUAAAAUUGCUGUCAAAAUCCAUUACAUAGUACUGGGCCCUUAUUCUGUAUGAUAGU